AUGGGUAGAAUAAGAGGAAAAGGGAGGAAACAGUCUGCAGUUGCUGCUGGAGACGAUGCUGUAACUGGAGAGGAUGAGAAGAUACCGAUGAGGAGAAGAGGAAGGCCUCAGAAACCUUUGAAGGGUGAAAUUGAGGAAGAAGAAAAAUCUGAGAAGAUAGAAGAAGAAAAUGAUGAAGAUGAUAAUAACACAUUGAGUUCUGUAUUGAGUAAAACUUCAAAAAAUCAAGUUGCCACAGAGAAUGGCAGGAAGAGAAAGAGGACUACAAAGAUCAAGGACCAUGCUGAUUCGGUGAAAGAGGAAAAUGGUGCGGGAACUAAUACUAACACUACUGACUUGAUCAAGUCUGUCGGGUUCAGGCAAAAUGGAAGCAGGAGGAAAAAUAAACCUAGACGUGCUGCUGAAGUUGGGGUCGAGUGCAAAUGA